AUGAAGGAUUGCGGUGAUAAUGGUGGUCGUGAAUUUCAAGAUAAGUAUUAUGAGUUGUUAAAAGUGAUGAAGGAAAUAAGAAUUGAUCCAGAAGAUGAGCUUUCAAAAUUGAUGACCGAUUUCAAGAUUCUAAGAAUUGAUACAAGAGAAAAAGAAGAGGAAGUUGUGGUGGAGGAGCAGUUUAAAAAGUUUACAGAUAUAAAGUUGAAAGUCAACAAGAUGCAUAAAUUAUAUGAAGAUUUGAAGUUAUUAUUCAAUUCCUUAUCGCCUAAUGAUGAACUGUACCAGGGAGUGCUUGACAUUAUUAAUUAUUUUGAGUCCAAAAUGUACCAGGGAAUAUUUGAUAGUAUUAGUGAAUUAGAGUUCAUGUUUCAACUAAUUUUUGACAAUUUUGAGAAGAAGAACUAA